AUCUUGUAAAUGGUCCAGGACGUGGACGCCCCUAGUUUUCUGUAACAAGAACGUUACAGGUGAUGAUGGUUUGAUUUGUGAGGACAGGCAGCUGGCAAUUCAUGAUUUGACUGACAAUGUUGACUUCCCGAUAACUGUUGAUAAUGAAAAUGUGUGUGAAGAGCUCGGAUAUCGUUCAGAUUCGGCUCGCUGAGUGCUGAACCAACUGACAGAAGAUCACAAAGUUUAUACAUGGUGGCUUGUCAGACAAUUUUGAAACAGCAUGGUAAAAUGGGGGAAUUCCACACCCACACUCCUUAGAUCUAGCUCUUCGCAGGAAGAAAGCAAGAAAAACGAAUUGGGAACUCUUCCAGUUUUUCAACUGCCUUUGACUUUUACUUCCGAUUUGAACACAAGAGGCAGCCAUCUGUACUUCUGUUGUACUCUGACUCUGAAAGAAAAAGUAUACAAGUCUGUCGAAAAGAGACUGACGAAUAAUGGGAAGGAAUUACAGUUAUAAGAGGAAGACAGUGGCGUAUAACCGGUAUAACCAUGCAGAGAUAUGAAGAAAGUAGUUAAUCUGGUUACAUCUCAGUCCCAUCAUCUGAUGUCGCCUCAACAACUUCUAGCUGACUACUACCCUGAAUAGUCAGCAAACCUCUCCCAAUGCUCCAUCGAAUUCUACUGCCGUCUCCCCUCCAGUGCUCCAUCAAGUGUAUCACCUUCACCGCGGUCUGCACUCCAGAACUCCGUUAAGAACUUUUUUCUUACCAAACUGACUCCGAUGAUCAAGAAACCAGCAUCAGGCACUGGGGGGUCAACAAACAGAGGGUAGUCAAGAUGCAGUUUGGUGAAAGCCUCACAUCAGAGGAAUGAUCGCUAGACUGCUGGCGGAUGACGAGGAGAGAGCCGCAAAGAAAGCAAAGGGGAAGAGCAGAGGAAACGGGAAGGGCAAGGGAAAAUGCACCGGAAAGAAGACAGCAGCUGCUGUUCCUCCUCCUCCAAGUGACAGUGACAAUACUCUUGAAGAUAAACAGCCACCUCUACAACACAGAUCAAACAGUGACACAAACAGAGACACCGACAGUGACAAUACUCUUGAAGAUGAACAGCCACCUCUACAACACAGAUCAAACAGUGACACAAACAGAGACACCGACAGUGACAAUACUCUUGAAGAUGAACAGCCACCUCUACAACACAGAUCAAACAGUGACACAAACAGAGACACCGACAGUGACAAUACUCUUGAAGAUGAACAGCCACCUCUACAACACAGAUCAAACAGUGACACAAACAGAGACACCGACAGUGACAAUACUCUUGAAGAUGAACAGCCACCUCUACAACACAGAUCAAACAGUGACACAAACAGAGACACCGACAGUGACAAUACUCUUGAAGAUGAACAGCCACCUCUACAACACAGAUCAAACAGUGACACAAACAGAGACACCGACAGUGACAAUACUCUUGAAGAUGAACAGCCACCUCUACAACACAGAUCAAACAGUGACACAAACAGAGACACCGACAGUGACAAUACUCUUGAAGAUAAACAGCCACCUCUACAACACAGAUCAAACAGUGACACAAACAGAGACACCGACAGUGACAAUACUCUUGAAGAUGAACAGCCACCUCUACAACACAGAUCAAACAGUGACACAAACAGAGACACCGACAGUGACAAUGACCCUGACUAUGCCCCUCGUUCGACAUCAAAAGUGAACAGGAAUUUGUUUGAAAUUGAUUUGUACUUUAUUUUCUUCCUGACUGAUCCCCCAUACACGUAUAGGCCUAGGCCUACUGUUCUCAUUCAUAAUAAUCUUCUAAUAUUGUUGUGCUCAUUUUAGAUGCAAUUUCUAGUACCUGUUUGUUUCAUUCUGGUUUUUACAUUCUGUCAUGAUGGGUGUGGAAUUACCCUGAGGUGGUGGAAAUGUUAAUAAAGAGGAAAAAUUGGAAUUUAUGAAGUAUUGUUACUUUUUUCUGUUAUUUAUACAGAAUUCAAGUUUGAAUGCUUCUGGGGUAUCUGUCCUCUGUUUGUGUGAUCACCUCAUCAAUAGAAGCUUUCUGUCAACCAACUGAAAAAGUUGGGUGUGGAAUUCCCUCAUCUUACAUAAUAUGUCGGCCUCUUUUACCGUCUGUUUCUAAAAUGAGAUGAAGAUGUACGAGACUUUUGUGUCGACUCAAGUGUCCUACGUACUGCAUUAGUCCGUUCCUAUUUUUUGCUUGUUUGUUUUUGGUUGAUUUUGUAGUUUCUUCUUUCUUUUUGUUGCUAUUGUUGAUGAUGUUUUCGUUGUUGCUCUUAUCAGGUUUUCUUCAGCACUACCCAAUACGAUUUCCUUACCUUCCAUAAAAUUAUCCACAGACUCAUUAGA